AUGUAUGAUCAACCAGUCGUCAAAGAAGGCGGUGGAAAUGCAGACGCGGCGCAAGCUCGCGUGAUGCCCUAUACUUGUCAGCCAUGCGCGCGGAGGAAGGUCAAAUGCGACAAGGUGGCCCCAACGUGCUCAAGCUGUAUCAAAGGCAAGAUUGAAUGCUUCUACGAGGCGCCGCCACCACGGCGACCCAAGCGAAAGCGCAACGAGACCGUCUUCGAGCGGGUUGCGCGGUAUGAGCGCACGUUACAAGACAACGGGCUGCUCCGAAGUACGGGCGUCGCGUCGCCAUCUUACAUGGAGACGCCUCAAAGCAUCCAAAACUCCAGCUUGUUGCCAGACAGUCAGUCUCUAUCGAGCAAAAGCGGCAAAUUGGUUGCAGGCGAGGGCAAAGCUCGAUAUGUCAACAGCAGUCUCUGGCGCGAAUUGGGAGAAGAGGAGAUGUCACAAAUCUCCCACGAGGAGGAGGACGACAAACGGACUCCUGCGGAAACCACACCCUCGACCGAAGAUCUGAUCUCAAGUGCACUUCUCAGACUCUCCCACAACCUAGUCGACUAUCAUCCCAAACAUAGCGAUGCGAUGAAGCUGUGGGCAGUCUAUGUGGCAAAUGUCGAGCCUCUGUGCAAGGUCCUGCAUGUGCCAUCUAUGUCUAGGAUGGUCGACGCUGUGUCCCAACGGCCGAGUGCGGCGUCAAAGGCACAGGAAUGCCUGCUCUUUGCCAUUUACCAUAUUGCAGUCUACUCCAUGACUGACGAAGACUGUAUGCGGGAAUUCGGGCAAGCACAGGCUUCGUUGUUAGCAAAGUACCAACACGCCAUUCGACAAGCGCUUGUCAAUGCAUCCUGGUUGAAGACAACAGACAUGCUCGUCAUGCAGGCGUUCGUGCUGUUCCUCAUUGCUGUGCGUACGCAGAUUGAUCCUCACACCUUUUGGAUCCUGUCUGGUGUGGCGGUUCGCAUCUCGCAGCGCAUGGGACUUCAUCAUGAUGGUGAAAAACUUGGGCUGCCUCCUUUCGAGGUCCAAAUGCGGCGGCGACUCUUUUGGCAACUUCUCCCGCUGGAUGGCUAUGCUGGCCAAGUUUCAGGUACUGGUAUCAUGAUCUCACCUACCAGCUGGGAUACCAAACAGCCGAGCAACAUCAACGAUUGCCAGAUUUACCCUGGUAUGCCACAGCAGCCCGUGGAGCAGAAAGGCGCGACUGAAAUGAUGUUUGUUCUUGCGAGAACAGAACUUACUCGAUUUUACACCCAAACGGGUGUCAGAAUGAAAGAUCUUGGUGGGGCCGUGGAGCUGAAAGAGACUGUCGAGCUCGAAAGGAUCGUAGAUGAGGUCGAGAAUAUCGCGGAAACAAAAUAUCUCCGCUACUGCGACAUAACUGACCCAUUACACUUCCUCACGUUAGGGGUGGUAAGGUCUGCAGCCAACGCCGUGCGUCUGCACAGCAAGAUGCCCCAAUUGAUGAAUCAAAGUAUUGGCGAUCACGAAAGGAGACACCUCUGUGCACUCGCUCACAAGGUUCUUGACGCCGACAGCGCUGCCUACAGCCACCCAAAAAUGAAGCGAUACCACUGGUCGUUCAAGGGGUUUUUCUUAGGGGAUGCCAUCAUAUGCAUCUUGACCAGUAUCGCCAAGGUCGGAUUCUUCUCCAGUGAGGAACUGGCAGCAGCCUGGGAUAAGGUGGCUGAGGUCUAUACGAAUCACGCGGAGAUUCUCCAGGCUAAACGAGCCAUUCAUAUUGCCGUCGGAACAGUCACGUUGAAAGCCUGGAUGGCUAACCCGCCGAAGAACUCCAUGCCUGAGCCGUCGUUCAUCACUGCGCUCCGCUCCACCCAGUGCGGGAACAAAUUGUCCAGAAGUCCAGAAUCGAAGGCAAUUGGGGUCGGCAACAGGAACGAGUCCGGGAAAAGUCCUCCUGUCAACGAGGCUGAUGCGGUUUUUGGCAACUUUGACGACACAGACUUCACUCUCGGCAAUAGCCUCGUUCCGGAUGGUUCAGAAUGGUUGUUUUGGGACCAGUUGAUACACGAUUAUGAGACCAUCCCAAUCUGA